GAUCGGUAGUUUUGGAAGACCUACCAAGAGGAUCACCUUUGUCACCAAUGGACUGGUCAACAACCUCAACUCCUAUGGAAUAGACAUCACGGCGAUGUGCAGCGGGCUCACCACCUACCUGGCUUACGAAGUUAACACUUUCCAAGGACCCCAGCUGAAUCUGGGAUCAUGCAUUACCCUCGAUGUCCUGAGAGUUGUGGACCUGAAGUACUGCAUUGGCAACGGCAGUGUCAAUUUCCCGACUCAGCAGAUUCCCAGCGGCAUCUUCAACCACACUCAAGUCAUCAUUGGUGGCCAGUCCCAGAUUGUGACCAUCAACAGGCAAUGGCGUGUGGCCGUCAUUGAGCAAAGGAACAUCAGUGGGUCCUGGAAAACCAUCUGGAACUACAACACGGGCGUCAUUGCAACCAAAGUCACGCAACAGAACGCCUGCUACAUUUCCAUCAUGAACAGAAGCGAGAUGCCCCGCUUUGAUAACCUGGCCCACCUGGCAGAAGAGAGCAGGAAACUGCUUGGCAUUUUUGGAAGACAUACCAAGAGGAUCACCUUUGUCACCAACGGACUGGUCAACAACCUCUACUCCUAUGGAACAGAGAUCACGGCUAUGUGCAGCGGACUCACCACCUACAUGGCUACCGAAGUUCACAGUGAAUCUUUCCAAGGCCCCCAGGUGAAUCUGGGAUCAUGCAUUACCCUCGAUGUCCUGAGAGUUGUAGAGCUGACAUACUGCAAUAGCAAUGGCAAUUGGAACGGCAAUGGUAACUGGAAUGGCCAAUGGAACGGCAACGGUAAUGGCAACUGGAAUGGCAUUUGGAAUGGCAUUGGCAAUGGCAACUGGAACAACAAUUGGAACGGCAACUGGGACAACAAUUGGAAUGGCAUUGGCAAUGGCAACUGGAACAACAACUGGAAUGGCAUCGGCAACAACAACUGGAACAACAACUGGAACAACAACUGGAAUGGCAAUGGCCAAUGGAAUGGCAACUGGAACAACAACUGGAAUGGCAAUAACAACUGGAAUGGCAACUGGAACAACAACUGGAAUGGCAACUGGAAUGGCAAUUGGAAUGGCAAUUGGAAUGGAAAUUUCCCGUCUCAGCAGAUUCCCAGUGGCAUCUUCAACAACACACAAGUCAUCAUUGGUGGCCAGUCCCAAAUUGUGACCAUCAACAGGCAAUGGCGUGUGGCCGUCAUUGAGCAGAGGAGCUUCAGCGGGUCCUGGAAAACCAUCUGGAACUACAACACGGGUGUGAUUGCAACCAAAGUCACUCAACAGAACACCUGCUACAUUUCCAUCAUGAACAGAAGCGAGAUGCCCCGCUUUGAUAACCUGGCCCACCUGGCACAAGAGAGCAGGAACCUGAUCGGUGCUUUUGGAAGACCUACCAAGAGGAUCACCUUUGUCACCAAUGGACUGGUCAACAACCUCAACUCCUAUGGAAUAGACAUCACGGCGAUGUGCAGCGGGCUCACCACCUACCUGGCUUACGAAGUUAACACUUUUCAAGGACCCCAGCUGAAUCUGGGAUCAUGCAUUACCCUUGAUGUCCUGAGAGUUGUGGACCUGAAGUACUGCAUUGGCAAUGGCAGUGUCAAUUUCCCGACUCAGCAGAUUCCCAGUGGCAUCUUCAACCACACUCAAGUCAUCAUUGGUGGCCAGUCCCAAAUUGUGACCAUCAACAGGCAAUGGCGUGUGGCCGUCAUUGAGCAAAGGAACAUCAGUGGGUCCUGGAAAACCAUCUGGAACUACAACACGGGCGUCAUUGCAACCAAAGUCACGCAACAGAACGCCUGCUACAUUUCCAUCAUGAACAGAAGCGAGAUGCCCCGCUUUGAUAACCUGGCCCGCCUGGCAGAAGAGAGCAGGAAACUGCUUGGCAUUUUUGGAAGACAUACCAAGAGGAUCACCUUUGUCACCAACGGACUGGUCAACAACCUCUACUCCUAUGGAACAGAGAUCACGGCUAUGUGCAGCGGACUCACCACCUACAUGGCUACCGAAGUUCACAGUGAAUCUUUCCAAGGUCCCCAGGUGAAUCUGGGAUCAUGCAUUACCCUCGAUGUCCUGAGAGUUGUAGAGCUGACAUACUGCAAUAGCAAUGGCAAUUGGAACGGCAAUGGUAACUGGAAUGGCCAAUGGAACGGCAACGGCAAUGGCAACUGGAACAACAAUUGGAACAACAAUUGGAACAACAAUUGGAAUGACAUUGGCAAUGGCAACUGGAACAACAACUGGAAUGGCAUCGGCAACAACAACUGGAACAACAACUGGAACAACAUCUGGAAUGGCAAUGGCCAAUGGAAUGGCAACUGGAACAACAAUUGGAAUGGCAAUAACAACUGGAAUGGCAACUGGAACAACAAUUGGAAUGGCAACUGGAAUGGCAAUUGGAAUGGCAACUGGAAUGGCAAUUGGAAUGGAAAUUUCCCGUCUCAGCAGAUUCCCAGUGGCAUCUUCAACAACACACAAGUCAUCAUUGGUGGCCAGUCCCAAAUUGUGACCAUCAACAGGCAAUGGCGUGUGGCCGUCAUUGAGCAGAGGAGCUUCAGCGGGUCCUGGAAAACCAUCUGGAACUACAACACGGGUGUGAUUGCAACCAAAGUCACUCAACAGAACACCUGCUACAUUUCCAUCAUGAACAGAAGCGAGAUGCCCCGCUUUGAUAACCUGGCCCACCUGGCACAAGAGAGCAGGAACCUGAUCGGUGCUUUUGGAAGACCUACCAAGAGGAUCACCUUUGUCACCAAUGGACUGGUCAACAACCUCAACUCCUAUGGAAUAGACAUCACGGCGAUGUGCAGCGGGCUCACCACCUACCUGGCUUACGAAGUUAACACUUUCCAAGGACCCCAGUUGAAUCUGGGAUCAUGCAUUACCCUCGAUGUCCUGAGAGUUGUGGACCUGAAGUACUGCAUUGGCAAUGGCAGUGUCAAUUUCCCGACUCAGCAGAUUCCCAGCGGAAUCUUCAACCACACUCAAGUCAUCAUUGGUGGCCAGUCCCAAAUUGUGACCAUCAACAGGCAAUGGCGUGUGGCCGUCAUUGAGCAAAGGAACAUCAGUGGGUCCUGGAAAACCAUCUGGAACUACAACACGUGGGAAAAAACAGAAAUGUGA